CGUGAGCCAGGUUCGUGUCGAACUUUGGUGUUUCGCAUGUUGUGACAAGUUUGACCCAAUGAGCUUCCGUACUGACUAAGGAAACAUGGCGGCUGCUUUGCUUGGGAAGGUCUCCGGCCUGCUGAGGCCGCUGUCGGGCUUCGUCCGGACACCAAACGUUUGUCUGUCCGUCUCCGUCAUCCGCAACUCGCCGCUUCUCAGCUCCGUGGCCGCUUUCCGCGCCCCUCUGCGGACUGUAGUGUGGCAGCCGCCCCGCGACAACAUCCUGCAACGGGUGUCUGCGCUCAUUCCCACUGUGACGCAGCAGCCAGUCAGAAACCUGACGUAUUUUGGGCUGAGAAAAGGCAAAAGGAAGUCAGUGAAAGCUGUGACGAAAAGGUUCAUGAGGCUGCACUGCGGGCUUUGGAUCAGACGCAAGGCUGGAUACAAGAAGAAACUGUGGCAGAAGCUACCCGCCAGAAAGAAGCGCCUCAGGGAGCACGUGUUUUGUAACAAGACACAAUGCAAGCUUUUGGAUAAAAUGACAACUUCCUUUUGGAAAAGGAGAAACUGGUAUCUUGAUGAUCCAUAUUUGAAAUACCAUGAUCGUGUCAAUCUCAAAGUGUAAUCUUCCCAUUUGUUCGGCUGCUCUUGCUCUGUUUAAAAAAUAUGAUUUGUUGUAUGAAGUAAAUUCGUUUUUAAAAUGAUUUUGCUUAGUUACUUUUGUAAAUCACACAUGAUGUUUUUACUUUUACCUGCUGCGAUGUUGGCGAUUGUCCUGGAUCAAGACUUAAGAUCCAAUUUCAAAGACAAGACACAAUUUAAAAGGCUCAAACCGCAUCCAAGAUUUGUUUUAUUUAAUGGCUGCGAAACAAUGAACAGAAAUUUUUAACCCAGUGGAACAAUAAAUAGCAAUAAACCAUCAUGUCACCACA